AAUGCCGGUCAAUUAAAAAUUAAUCGAAGCACCUGAAGAACUGUCACAAAACAUGGAGAAUACAACACUUAGCGCACUUGCCAUCUGGACGACCAGCAACAGCCUGGACAUAAAUCUAACCAGUCUGGCCAAUAGCAACAACAGCAGCAACGAAACCAGCUCCGAAAUGACCUUGGAGGAGGAGAUGGCCGUACAGAACGUUGUACGUUGGCUUGUGCCCUUCAUUUUCGGCAUCAUUGCUUUAACCGGAUUCUUUGGCAAUCUAUUGGUCAUAUUUGUUGUGCUGCUCAAUAAAAAUAUGUACUCGACAACGAAUCUAUUGAUUGUAAAUUUAGCCGUGGCAGAUUUGCUAUUCGUCUGCUUUUGUGUGCCAUUUACAGCAACCGAUUAUGUUACUCAUCAUUGGCCAUUCGGAGCCAUAUGGUGCCGCAGUGUUCAAUAUUUAAUUGUGGUCACGGCCUUUGCCUCGAUCUAUACUCUCGUCCUGAUGUCCAUCGAUCGUUUUCUAGCCGUUGUUCAUCCCAUACGAUCACGUAUGCUGCGUACUGAGCAUAUUACAAAAAUUGCCAUUAUAACACUUUGGACGGUUGUCUUGACCAUCUCUUCGCCGGUGACCUUUACUCAUGAUGUGUUGGCCGGCUAUGAUAACAAAACGGACAUCAGUUAUUCCAUGUGCAUGUUCAUUGAGAAUCCCCUGUUGAAGAGAAGCACAUUUCAGGUUAGUUUCUUCAUCUCUGCGUAUCUGCUGCCCCUGAUGAUCAUCAGUGGUCUAUAUGUGCGCAUGAUAAUGCGUCUCUGGCGUCAGGGCAGUGGCGUACGCAUGUCCAAGGAAUCGCAAAGGGGACGCAAACGGGUCACCAGACUUGUUGUUGUCGUGGUCAUAGCUUUUGCCUCACUCUGGCUGCCAGUUCAGCUUAUCCUGUUGCUGAAAUCAUUGAAUUUAUAUCAUGCCAAUAGCAUGUUCUUCGUCAUAUUGCAGAUUGUGUCACAGACAUUGGCCUAUACCAGCUCGUGCAUCAAUCCCUUACUCUAUGCAUUUUUAUCUGACAAUUUUCGCAAGGCUUUCUACAAGGCUAUAAACUGCUCGGAUCGGUAUAAUAAUUAUACAUCUGAUUUGCCACCGCCACGAAAGACGUCCUGUGCCCGAACAUCGACAACAGGAUUUUGAAAUAUUUACGGAUCAUUUCCGUAUUGUGUAUAUAGGAAAAGUAAUUUGAAACAUUUAAUUGUAGUUAGUGAUUAGUUUUUGUGUGUAAACUAUUAAAGUAUUAAUAAAAACAAACC